GUUUCAACUGGAGAUGAAACGCUGCGUUUAAGAACCAAAAAUGAGCAAGUUAAAGAUUGAGCACUCCUCCUCCUCCUCCUCCUCCUGCUCCUGCACUUUACAGAAUGAUGCCAAAUCGAGGUGGCUUUCGUAGUUUCCAUUGAUCAAACAAGCAAACAAGCUUUUUAUUCAUUUUUUUUUUUUUGGUAAAACUCUUUCAGUUCUUAUAAUCAAUCUCAACAUUAAAAUAAGAAAAAAGAGAAAGGAGGAAAAAAAUGAGCGAUCGGCAGAGAGGAGGAGACUGGGAUUUCCAUCUGCGAACCUUAUCAAUAAGCGCUAGAGACUCCACUUUAGCUGGCGACCCUGCUUCUGAUCCUUCUCUUCUCCAAUCCGUGAGAAAGCUACAUGAAUUGUGUAAAAAAGAGAAUUCAGAGGACUUAAUAGCGAGAGUUUAUCCUCAAAUUAACAGACUCUUUCAACGCUCAGUUGCUUCUCUUUCUCAAUCUACCUCUGCUUAUGGACUUCUCUUGCUGGCUAUUCUUCAAUUUUUCCUCGAUUUUGGAGAGGUGGUUCUGCAUGAUGCUGAUCCUAGUCUGAAGACAUUUUUCCGCUCAUGUUUGAGCCGUGAAUUUGCAGAUCCAGUUGUUGCAGAAGCAACUCUUGAUUUUCUGAAUGUGAAUAAGAAAAAGCUCUCAACUUCUUUUCCCACUUUAUUGCCUCAGUUCUUCCCUUUGUUGCUGAAGCUAAUUGCAUGGAAUGGAGUAAAAUUAGAAAAAUCAUUUCUGAAGAUUUUUCCAGGAAUGAUAUCACCUGGCUCAUUUCUUCCUCUGUUUCCAUCUUUAGCGGAUUUGCCAAUUUUGGUGGUAGCGUUAGAGAAGGUAGAACGUAGCUCAGGACCACUUAUUGGAAACAGCAUAGCAUCUAUCCAGAAGAGUACGGCUCCCGAGAUGCUACUUGCACUCAUGGAUGAAGCUUAUACUGGUUCGACCAUUGGAGAUGGUGGGGCAGACUCUGAGUCUGAGGAUAGCAUCACAAUAGAUGUGGCUGAUUCUACGUUCCUUGAAAUUUUGAAGGAUGAAAACGAUGGGCUUGCUGAACGGCACUGGACUUCUCCAGGGGUGGCUGCAACUUUGCAGGCUGCAGUAAAUAGCCCUCAGUCUGAUAGGCUAAAGCAAACACUCAAAAUAGCUCCUCAGCUUCUUGAUGUGUAUUUUGCUGUAGCAACACGUGGUGUUAAUGAUUCUUUAAUCUGUGCAUUGAUUCCUCUUAUGAUGUCCAGGAAUGACACGAUAUUUCCAGACAAAAGAUUUUCGUACGAGGCUCGUAAGAGGCUUUUAGAGUUCAUGCUUGCUGCAUUUCAACGAUCUCCAGAUUUUAUAGCCCUUUUAAAGAAACCUAUAAUGGACAGGCUUGGGGAAGCUUAUGACAGCCCUGCAAAGACAGAAUUGGCUUUACAGUUGUGCUGGGCCAUUGGGGAGCAUGGUGGGGGUGGUGAGGCUCACAAAGAUGCUGCUCGCGAGCUUUUUGAGAACUUAGAGCUACUUCUAUAUGAAAACCUAUCAUCUAGUCGUCUCGGCCUAAGGGAGUCAAGUAUGAGCUCUAAUGGUUCAAAUUCUAGAAAGUUAUCACAAUCGAGGCUUCUGUGUUUCGUUGUUACAGCUAUUACAAAGCUUGCCACAUAUCACCGCGAAUUAAUACCAAGAGCACGGGUAUCCUUAGGCAAGGUAGCUCGAUCUCGAAUCUCUGAUGCCAGGGUGUGGAGGCGUGCCCGAGAUUAUUUGGGAUUAAUGAGUGAACCAGCUAUUUGUUUAUCUGUUUUUGGUCCUUCAAGACCUUCACAUGGACACAUUCAGAAUCCUGGUACUGUUAACUGGCGUGAAGGAGGCACGAAGAUGACUGCGCACAUUCCAUUUUACAUUCUUGGCGAACAAGAAGGUCCACCGUUCCAUGAUUUUUCCUUUUCUGAUGUCCUUCCAAGAAGAUGAUGGCUACUUGUUCAGAAUCAGAAGGAACGUCUCUACAUCUUUUAUUAUUCAACUGAAUUUCUGUUCUAGUUUCUGAAAUCAAUAUUUCUUUUUCUGUAUGCGCUAUAAUGGCAGCAUAAAAAUGACUAGAAUAGCUUUGUUGUGAUAGAACUGUGGCGAAUAAACAUAUGGUUUUCUGGCAACAUCAGCAGACAGCAGGCAAACAACCCAUUUUGUUAAUAAGAAUAUCCAUGGUGUUCGUUAUUUUCUUCCCUGAGAUUGGAAUACACAAGGGACGCAUUCUGACUGCCGACAAGCCCCAACUCCUCUAAACCUCUAUUUUCCGCUUCCAUUCAGCCGGGGGGCCAAUUGAGAUAACUCUUAAUGCUUCUGUAAAUGUUGUGUUCUUCAAAGCUUCCUCCCUGUGAAGAUGUUUGGCUAAAUUCACUACUACGCUUUUAAACUUUUCAGCUUUAAUUUAUUGAGAUUUUAGAUUUUUA